ACGAAAUAUUUAAUAAUGGUUAAUGGACAUUACAUAAUGUAUGGGGACAGACCGUCCUCAGAGUCCGAAAUAGUAGAAGACCACGUGCAGACGCGCACCGCGGAGCGCAAAACCCGGCGCAAGGCGCACAGGACCGCCAACGAGCUGCAGCCGAGUCUGGCGCAGCUCGACAACGAAACCGACUCCGUUAAAUAUGAAAAGAAAGAGAAAAAAAGUAAGGAGCCGAAGAUCCUUCGCUAUGUGCCCAACACGGAAGUAGAGGAGCAUCAAGUCAGCGACAAUUACGAGACAUACGACUUGAAGACGACGGACGCGAAGCCGAGACGGUACACGUUCAAGAAGAAACCGAAGAACCCGGCAGAUGGGUCUGUUAACUAUGCCUAUUCGAGAUCUAACAGCAGCUCCUCCUCGCCUAAUGGCAACCUACCCACUAUCGCGGAGCAUGGCGAGGCGCUUUCGACGCGACAUACGGCGCCGCCGAGCCCCACUGUCAGCGAGAUAAUCACUGGCUACGAAAACAAAUUGGACAAGUACUUCAACAAACCGAGAGAAGUGAAGAAGUACCGUUCUAAGGGCUCGCACCCCGACAGCCUUUACCGAGUGCCGCUGGGCACAGGCGCGGGCGGCGGCAAAAUGGCGCGCCUGCUGCGGGUCAUGCGCUGGCCCGUCGCGCUCAUCGUCGUGUGCGUCGCUCUGGCCAUCUUCGUGUACUUCCUCAUGCCUGAUAACUUCCAAGCGGGACCAGAGAUGAUAAACGCGACAUACUGGGAGUCGAACGUGGCGGUGGCCGACACACACCGCGCCCACGAUCACACAUAUAAGCCACCGGCGGAGCCUAAGAAAAUAAACAACAAAGUGACGGCUGACACAAGAACGCCGGAAAUAGAUUUUUACGAUGCAGACCACAAUAAAAAUGAAGAAUUGCAGGCUGUGAUCAGUACAAUUACUGAUAAGCAAACGAAACUGCCCAUUCCUCCGGUGUUCCCAACCCACCUGACACCAGAGGUACAAUAUGGAAACGAAAAUGCCGACACCGAGAAUUUGAGAUCACCGAAAGUAUUACAUGAAAUAAAUCAGCUGCCCGCCGACUCCACGCUAAAACCUCACAUCACACAGAAACCAGAGAAACCUUUAGCCAUUUACUUCAAAGACGGCGAAGGUGUUACCACCACCACCACAACCACCACCACUAGCACCAAGGAUGCCAUUAGCGAGGCGAUGGUCAACAAUCUGUACACUAUUCACAGUGACAAAAUAACUCCUCAAAAAGUAGAUGAUCUCGCGUACAAACCUUUACUCGGCCUAUUACCUUGGCCUAUUAAGACUGCCAAUUUAAGACCUGUUCUGCCUCCUGAAAUGCAAGAAUUCUACAUCCAAGGUCCGGCGAAAACAAACUUCACCUCCGGCCAUUCAAAGCUCUUUGGAAUCGGAAUUGAAGAUGCUGAAAAAAUGCAAUCUACCACGCAGAGCUCUGUAUAUAACACAAGGGUUUCGCCGACGCUGCCCACGUGGCGUGAUAGAGAUGACACGACCACCAAAAACUACCCAGUAAAUGUCAACCCUGAUGUAUCUCAGUGUCGCUCGACGAGUCAACCGCUGUGCCGGGGCGUGCUGCCCUACGACUUGGCAGGCAAGCCGGCCUCCUUCGGCGGUGUCUCCGUCGCCACGCUGCUGCCUCAGAUCCUGUUCGUGGCCGCCACCAACUGCAGCGUCCGCUUCAAGACCUUCGCCUGCGCCCUGUUAGAGCCUGAGUGCAGCCCAGCGCCUUAUGCCCCCAAAAUGCCCUGCUAUAAUUUAUGCAAAGCUGUCUUGGACGGAUGUGAAAGCGACAUUCCUCACGAGCUUCGCACAAUUCUAAACUGCAAGCAGUACUCGAGCGCCAACUGCGUCGCGGCGCGGACGCCGUGCGAGCGGCAGGAGAUGCCCUGCAGCGACGGUACUUGCAUACCGAGGGACUGGAUUUGUGACGGGGCCCAUGAUUGCCCUGCCGGCGAGGAUGAGAACAUAUGCGGCACAUGCCAGCCGCACGAGUUCCGCUGCGAAUCAGGAACGUGCAUCCACUCGCGCUGGAAGUGCGACGGCUACGCCGACUGCCCCGACGGCGACGACGAGAGCGAGGCGAGGUGCGGCGGGGUGGAGGAGCUGGGCGAGGAGCCCGCCGGCUCCGCGCCCCAGCCCGCCGUGCACCGCGCCAACAGGGUGCCGGCGCCGAAGAAGGUCCACCGGUCAGGUGAGGUGCGGCGGGGUGCAGCCCGCCGUGCACCGCGCCAACAGGGUGCCGGCGCCGAAGAAGACCCACCGGUCAGGUGUGUAGACAGUGUGAAUUGCAACGAUAAACGCGAGGCGAGGUGCGGCGGGGUGCCCGAGGAGCUGGGCGAGGAGCCCGCCGGCUCCGCGCCCCAGCCCGCCGUGCACCGCGCCAACAGGGUGCCGGCGCCGAAGAAGACCCACCGACGCGAGGCGAGGUGCGGCGGGGUGCCCGAGGAGCUGGGCGAGGAGCCCGCCGGCUCCGCGCCCCAGCCCGCCGUGCACCGCGCCAACAGGGUGCCGGCGCCGAAGAAGGUCCACCGGUCAGGAGACGAUAGCAGCAAGGAACUGCUGAUGACUAGUGACAGCACCAACGCCCUGAAGAGAAACUUCACCCGACGACCAUCGUUAUCUCGACUGACGCCAUACACUCCCGCCAUGCUUCAGGCCACUAAAUCUAAGAAAACUGAAUCCGAUGAUGAUGCCAACAAACACAAACAUGACACUGAAGAAGAAAUUGAAGACGCACAAGCAGAUGACCUUACUGUCCUCGAGGACACAAAAGUAAUUACAGAAUUACCAGAAAAACACAAAAGAGCCGAAGACAGACCGAAGAAUCAAACCAAUUUGAAUAUUAAACCUAAGAUCGCUUACAAGAACUUGACUAAAGUCAAUCCAUUACAAGGAAGAGCGCCGAUGCCACGUCCCAAACCAGCAAAGGUCGAAAAUCCCGCGCUUUUGGCUUAUCCUGCGGAACCAACCAAACUGGACCAGUCCAUCAACAAGCUAGAGCGAGUUAUCAAUGGAGCAGACCUGAUGAAGAUGCUUUCACAGAAAGCCCAGCGGCCCAGCCCAGCCACCGAGUCCGGAGAGUCGCAGGAGAACACGACGGCCGACCGGCCCGAAAAGGCGGACAAUAUCGGUGGCAAGUCCAGCGCGCACGCGUCGCCGUGCCCCGAGAGCGAGCUGCGCUGCGUCGACGGCCGCUGCAUCACGCUCGCGCAACUCUGCGACGGAACCAUCGACUGCAGCGACCACGCCGACGAGGACAACUGUUACACGUGAAACAAU